GAGUUAAUUUUAAAUCGGUACAAGAUGGCGGAGGGGGACGAGGCAGCGCGGAGGCAGCAGCCGCACCAGGGGCUGCGGCGCCGGCGGCGGACCAGCGACCCAAACACCGGGGUUAACCACGUCUCGUCCACGACCUUCCUAGGUGAGAAUCAUGAAGAUGAUGACCUAGUAAACUCUGAUGAGGUUAUGAAGAAACCAUGUCCAGUACAGAUUGUUCUUGCUCAUGAAGAUGACCAUAACUUUGAGCUCGAUGAAGAAGCUUUGGAGCAGAUAUUGCUACAGGAACACAUACGAGAUCUUAACAUAGUAGUGGUAUCCGUGGCAGGAGCUUUUCGUAAAGGGAAAUCAUUUCUACUGGACUUCAUGCUUAGAUAUAUGUAUAACAAGGAUUCUCAAAGUUGGAUUGGUGGAAACAAUGAACCGUUGACUGGCUUUACAUGGCGAGGUGGUUGUGAAAGAGAAACAACAGGCAUACAAGUCUGGAAUGAAGUAUUUGUGAUUGACAGACCUAAUGGAACAAAAGUGGCUGUGCUGCUAAUGGAUACCCAGGGUGCCUUUGAUAGCCAGUCAACUAUCAAAGACUGUGCAACUGUAUUCGCUCUGAGCACCAUGACUAGCUCGGUCCAGGUAUAUAAUUUGUCUCAGAAUAUUCAAGAAGAUGAUCUUCAACACUUGCAAUUAUUUACAGAGUACGGCAGACUUGCGAUGGAAGAAAUCUACCAGAAACCAUUUCAGACAUUAAUGUUUUUGAUUCGAGAUUGGAGUUAUCCUUAUGAACAUUCAUAUGGUUUGGAAGGUGGAAAACAAUUCCUUGAAAAGAGAUUGCAGGUAAAACAAAAUCAACAUGAAGAGCUACAGAAUGUAAGGAAGCACAUUCACAAUUGUUUCUCAAAUCUUGGUUGCUUCCUUUUGCCACAUCCUGGUCUUAAAGUUGCAACUAAUCCUAGUUUUGAUGGGAGAUUGAAAGAUAUUGAUGAAGACUUUAAGCGAGAGCUUCGAAAUCUGGUUCCAUUGCUGCUUGCCCCUGAGAAUUUGGUAGAAAAAGAGAUAAGUGGAUCUAAAGUCACUUGUAGAGAUCUUGUAGAAUACUUUAAGGCUUACAUUAAGAUUUAUCAAGGAGAGGAACUUCCACAUCCAAAGUCCAUGCUUCAGGCAACAGCUGAAGCUAAUAAUCUUGCUGCGGUAGCAGGAGCAAGAGAGAUCUAUUGCAAAAGUAUGGAGCAGGUAUGUGGUGGGGACAAGCCUUACAUUGCACCUUCAGAUCUGGAGCGAAAACACCUGGAUCUCAAGGAAGUGGCGAUCAAACAGUUUCGUUCAGUAAAAAAAAUGGGCGGAGAUGAAUUCUGCCAUCGUUAUCAGGACCAGCUUGAAGCUGAAAUUGAAGAAACCUAUGCAAACUUGAUAAAGCACAAUGAUGGCAAAAACAUCUUCUAUGCUGCUCGUACCCCGGCCACACUGUUUGCAGUCAUGUUUGCUAUGUACAUAAUCUCAGGACUGACCGGCUUCAUUGGCCUAAACUCUAUAGCCGUCUUGUGUAACCUUGUCAUGGGGUUAGCACUGACAUCUCUUUGUACUUGGGCAUAUGUAAAAUACUCUGGGGAGUUCAGAGAAAUUGGAACAAUGAUUGAUCAGAUUGCUGAAACACUAUGGGAACAGGUAUUGAAGCCCCUGGGUGAUAAUUUGAUGGAGGAAAACAUAAGGCAGUCUGUCACAAACUCUAUCAAAGCAGGCCUGACUGACCAGGUGUCUCAUCAUGCCAGAUUAAAGACAGACUGACAGUUCAUCUCCUCAUGGACUCCACUCUCCCUUUUUUUCAUGCUUGCUGUACAAUGAGAACUCAAAUAAAAAUAAACCAAAGUUUACAAUCAACUGUAGAAGUAGUUUAGUAUAACUGGCUUCACAGAUGGCUGCCACAGAGUGUGAAAAUUGUUUGUUGGUUUUAAGCAUUCUGUUCUUGGCUCCUAAGACAUGGAGAUUGGCUGAGGAGCAUUAGUUUAUCAUGCACAUUUGUGCCAUGUUUCUUUCUUUCUUUCUUUCUUUCUUUCUUCCUUUUUUUUUUUUUUUCCUUUUUACUUAAUCUAAUGUUAAUGAAAUUUGUCUUAUGUAAAAGGAUAUUUCAGGGAAAUAUUUUAAGAAAUCUAUUUAGAGUCUCUUUAACACCAGUGUCCCAUUGAAAUUUUAAUUUCUAGUGAAGUUAUGAAUCACUGUAUCAAGAAUCAGAUCGGGAUGACAAUGAAGCCUUUAUUGAGCCACUACAUUAAAAGUAUAUAUUGCUUUACUGCCUUCAAUACCAGUAUUACAUAAAUGCAUGUGUCAGAAGUCUCACAGAAAUUACAUGACAACUCUUGUAGCUAAGAAAGUGAUUCUGAGGUGUACAUUUGUCUUGCCUUUUUAAAUUUAUAAACCUGCCCUAAAAGGAGAUGCAUAUCUGGGAAACUGAACUGUCUUUAUUCAGUUUAGCCUUCGUGUACAUAAAAUAUGCCAUUAAUUUUAUUGGGGGAGAAAUUCCAUCCAAAAAUGUUGCCUACAGCUAUGAGUUCAGAGUGUCUGUACAGUGUGUAGCUUUUAUUUUCUAAAACCACAGAUAGGGCAUGUAUAUGAAUUAUAAAUAUAUAAAUACGAUUUUGUAUUAAAAGUUUUGUAGUUUAUGGCAAAAUCUGGUUCUGUGGUAGGCUAAGUGCAGUCCCUGUGAAGGAAUGUUUGUGGCUCAUGUCAGUGUGUGAAUGCAUAGACAAUUUGAAGUUUUUGAUAUAUUUGUGAUAUUUAUCUUCCUUGAGCACUGCAGUCUCCCCCCCCACCCCCCCAAGGGAAUUCAAUGGGAAUGUUUAUCGUGACUUUGUCCUCUGUUGCAUUUUAAAGUUAUUUCCUGUAAUUUAUUUUCAGUACAUAAUUAAAAAUUUGUUGUAUAUAUAAAAUGAAA